AUUACUACUACUACUACUACUACUACUACUACUACUUCUUCUACUACUACUACUUCUACUACUACUACUACUACUACUACUACUACUACUACUACUACUACUACUACUACUACUUCUACUACUACUAUUACUUCUACUACUACUACUACUACUACUACUACUACUACUACUACUACUACUACUACUUUGCGAUGCGACCAGUCACGACCACAUUCGACCACCUCGAGUUCGUGCGAUCGUCUACAGCGACUACGAGUGCUCGCAAGACACCAAGGGAUCGAUUGUGCAACAACAAGACAGAAACUGUUGCAGGCGGUCGUAAACAGGUCGAUGCCGUUCCGUGUGACAUACAGAUUGGCAAUGAUGCUGAUGAUAUCAGCAGCUUACAUUCCAAAGUUGGAAGCAUCUACAACAGAUGUUACUGAUACUACUACAACGAGUCCGACAUCUUCUUUUGAAACUAGUACAUCAGGAGUUGCUACAACUUCAGAUGUAAGCUCAUCGGGAAGUUCAACAACUUCUGAUACAACCAGUCAAUGGCAGUGGUUAUCAUCAACUUCUGACGGAACUAUUUCUACCGGAAUUUCUACAACUAUUGAUGCAACCAGCUCCACAAGCGCCUAUGUAACUUCUGAUGCAACCAGCUCCACAAGCGUCUAUGUAACGUCUGAUGCGACCAGCCAAUCUGGAGUUUCUGCAACUUCUGACGGAACUGAUUCUACCGGAAUUUCUACAACUAUUGAUGCAACCAGCUCCACAAGCGCCUAUGUAACUUCUGAUGCAACCAGCUCCACAAGCGUCUAUGUAACGUCUGAUGCGACCAGCCAAUCUGGUGUUUCUGCAACUUCUGACGGAACUAAUUCUACCGGAAUUUCUACAACUAUUGAUGGAAUCACACAAACGCAGAACUCUGCAAGUUCUGACCAGCAUACACAUACAACCGUAAAAGAAACCAGCGAUCCAUCAAACCCUACAGCUGACACUCAAACCCAGGAUCCUUCUGGUCCUACAACCGACACCCUAACCAGUAAUUCAAAUGCAUCAACAGCAUUAUCGGGAACUCCCGAACCAGUGGCUAACAAUACAGAAAGAAAAACAACCAGGGAACCCAAAGAGAUGACAUCUGAAGGUAGAGAUCUUACAACAAGUCCCCCUGAGGAACUAUCGUCUGGUGCAAUAGCAGGAAUUGUAAUUGUGUCUUUGGCGGGAACUGCCGCCAUAGCAAGUGUCAUUGGAUACGCAGUGAUCCAUUGCAAAUCUUCCUCUAAGGUGGCUCCUGAGAACGAUGCGAACAAGGACAUUGAGCAUGUUGAGAUAGAAAACUGUGAUGCCAUCAAUGUCUCUGUGUGUUAUAUCCUCCAAUGCAGGAUGCCGUUCCGUGUGACAUACAGAUUGGCAAUGAUGCUGAUAAUAUCAGCAGCUUACAUUCCAAAGUUGGAAGCAUCAACAACAGAUGUUACUGCUACUACCAUGAUUCCGACAUCUUCUGUUCAAACUGAUACAUCAGGAAAUGCUACAACUUCAGAUGUAAGCCCACCAGGAAAUUCAACAACUAAUGAUGCGACCAGUCAAUCGCAGGGGUUAUCAUCAACGUCUGACGGAACUAAUUCUACGGAAAUUUCUAUAACUAUUGAUGCAACCAGCCCCACAAGCACUAACAAUACAGAAAGAAACACAACCAGGGAACCCGAAGAGACGACAUCUGAAGGUAGAGUUCCGACAACAAGUCCCUCUGAGGAAUCACUAUCGCCUGGUGCACUAGCAGGAAUUGUAAUUGUGUCUUUGGCUGGAACUGCCGCCAUAGUAGGUGGUAUUCGAUACGCAGUGAUCCAUUGCAAAUCUUCCUCUAAGGUGGCUCCUGAGAACGAUGCGAACAAGGACAUUGAGCACGUUGAGACAGAAAGCAUGUCUAACGAUACAGCCAAACUCACUCCCCCAGAUAACGAUUAACUAUCUCUGCAUCUGUGCAUUGUGUGUAGCAUGUCAACCCAUUGAUCAGGGGAAAUUCCCUGAUCUGACCAGUCUUAUCAUAAUCAUAAACGUAAACAUGUUCAUAAGGGCAAGAAACUUCUAAUUAUGAUCUUUGUUUCACGAAUGAUACUUUGAUAGGUUGAU